AUGAGUACUUCUCAACUUCUCAGCUUCGUCCGAACAAACCCCGGCGUGUAUCCAGUCAAGGAGAUGGUCAUUGUGAUUUCGACCGUUUUUCUCAACGAGUAUCUUGACUGCGAUGCCAUGGAAGAUCGAUGCAUCCAGACCGAUUCUCUGUCCCAGUACCAAGGUGAAGAAACGGAGCAAGUCCCCCUCAUCGCGUGGCUGUUGGAGUUCCUGGGUUAUGAGCCGAGUUUCAAGACCAUUCCCGACUUGGAAGUGAAAAGGAACCUUGAAAGAUUUUUAUUGGACAACGAUAUCAAAGAAAUCCCGGUUGCCAUGACUUUGCUUUAUACCCUACAAAAAAACCCAGAUUAA